AUGUCCUACAUAUAUUUUAUGAGAAGAAUCCCAAUGGCACACGAAACGACACCGCAUAGGGUAGCCACACUCACAACCCAAAACACCACUUGCUUAGCCGCCCAUAACGGCCUCCUCUACUCCGGCUCCACCAACCAGAUCACCGUCUUCGAUUUAACCAACGGCUUUACUCAAAUCGACACUCUCCGCAUAAACGACGCCGCUUCGGGGUCCGUCAAGUCCAUCGCUUUUGGGCCUUGGAAAAUCUUCACGGCCCAUCAAGACUGCAAGAUCCGCGUCUGGAAGAUCACGCGCUCGGGACCGCCACGUCAUCGUCUUCUGACAACUCUCCCCACCGUUAAAGACAGGCUGUACCGGUUUAUUUCGCCGGGGAAUUACGUGCGUGUACGGCGCCACCAUAAGCGGCUGUGGAUCGAGCAUUGGGAUGCGGUUUCUGGAGUGGUGGUUAAUGGAGGGUUUGUGUACUCUGUUUCAUGGGAUCGGAGUUUUAAGGUUUGGAGUGCUUCAGACCAUAAGUGUUUGCUGUCGGUCAAAGCUCACGAUGAUGCGGUCAACGCGGUUGCUGUUAGUCAUAACGGCGUCGUUUAUACUGGCUCUGCGGAUGGGGUUAUUGGAGUAUGGCAGAUCAGGGAGGGGAAGAAGAAGAAGUACACGUUGGUUAGGUCUUUGGACAACCAUAAAUCUACGGUAAACGCAAUCGUGUUGAACGAGGGAGGUUGGACAAUGUUUUCGGGGAGCAGUGAUCGUUCGAUAAUGGUGUGGAAGAGAGAAGAGGUCGGAAAGCAUAUUGCAUUUGUGGAGACUUUAUGGGGCCAUCAAGGGGCUGUUUUGUGCUUGUAUUCUCUCCGAGAUUUCUUAGUCAGUGGGUCGGAGGAUCGGACGCUCAGGAUUUGGAGAGGUGACCUUGCUAACGGUUACCAAUGUAUGACCCUAAUAGAUGGUCACAGGUCGCCGGUUAAGUCGUUGGUUGCCGUUGGCACCGAUCAUCGGAGUUUGAUGAUCUGUAGUGCCAGUUUGGAUGGACAAAUACAAGUUUGGAGUUUCGGGAUUUGA